GAGCGCCGCAACCCAAAUUAUCCCCACCACAGCUCGACUCCUUUACCGCCAACCUAAAUCGUUUCUGCCCAGUAUUCACCAUGGCUGCCCUCGCGACUAAAACCCAGUCGCAAAACAUCUUUACCAAAUUGAAGUCAAAGCCCGCCAACAAAAUAUGCUUCGACUGCGGCGCAAAGAACCCAACAUGGAGCUCUGUGCCCUUUGGCAUUUAUCUCUGCCUCGACUGCUCGUCCAACCACCGUAACAUGGGUGUCCAUAUCUCAUUCGUUCGUUCAACCAACCUCGACAUCUGGCAAUGGGACCAACUGCGAAUCAUGAAGGUCGGUGGCAACGAGAGCGCGACCAAGUAUUUCCAAUCGCACGGAGGUUCCGCUGCGCUCGCAAGCAAAGACCACAAAGCCAAAUACACUAGCAAUGCCGCCAACAAGUACAAGGAGGAGCUGGCUCGGCGCUGCGCUGCAGACGCCAAGUUGUAUCCUAACGAAGUUGUAAUCACUGAUGUCGUUGAGCCUGGUAGCGACGGUACUAACACCCCAGCUGGUGAAGACGAUGACUUCUUUUCCUCUUGGGAUAAGCCGACAAUCAAGCGUCCCUCAAACCCACCCUCGCGUACCGGUACACCUAAGGCUGCAUCACCUUUCCUCAAGCCUAGCGCCAACGGCACGGAUCGCCCGAAAUCGCCCCUUGCUGGCAGCUCUGAAACCGCUACGCCUGCAGCAAAGCCUGCAGCAGUACGAAAGACUGCCGGAGGCGCUGCACCGAAGAAGAACAUUUUGGGUGCGAAGAAAAAGGGUCUUGGUGCAAAGAAGGUGGUCGCUGCCGAUGGCGGACUCGACUUUGAAGAGGCGGAGCGAAAGGCUCGUGAAGAGGCAGAGCGCAUCGAGAAGUUGGGCUACGACCCUGACGCUGAGGCCGCAGAGGUCGCUGCAGCCACCAAGUCUAAGGGCUCUGAAGCAUCUAUCAUCGCACCUACUCCCGUAUCACCGCCGCGUGGCGGCUUCGGCUCGACCUCCAAGCCUGAGCGCUCAAGUCAGGAUAUGGAACGGCUAGGUAUGGGUGUUCAGCGUCUAGGAUUCGGACAAGUAGGCGCUGCAAAGAAGCCUGCUGCUCAGAAGAAGAUGGGAGGUUUCGGCAGCGUAGGCAAGCCUGCUCAAGAUGAUGAUGAGAAGUAUGCGCGAGAGAAGUUUGGUACACAAAAGGGUAUCUCGAGUGAUGAAUUCUUUGGCCGCAAUGCGUACGAUCCUUCAGCCACUGCACAAGCCAAGGAGAGGUUACAAGGCUUUGAAGGCGCAAGCGCGAUUUCAUCCAACGCAUACUUUGGCCGCCCUGAGGACGACGCUGCAGAGGAGGACUAUGGUGAUCUGGAGACUGCUGCCAAGGACUUUGUCCGCAAGUUUGGCCUGACAGCUGGUGAUGACCUCGAAAAUCUGACCAACAUGCUCGGCGAGGGUGCGACGAGGUUGCAAGGAGCCGUCCGGAACUACCUCAACUCGUAGAAUAGGCGUUGAAAUGGUUUAAUCGGGGCAUUCUCAGUGGGUGUUCGAGGAGUCAGGUGGACACAUUCGAUACCAUACAGAUCACGCACAUUGUAUGGCAGCAGAAACAUAGUCUCGGCGCAUGUUGCAAAAGAAGGUGGGGGGUCUGGGAGAGGCGAAGACCAUGAGUUGGCGGGGUUUACUUGGAUUCGACUGUGUACGUAUUGAUCUUUUCCGCGCUGAAGAUGGUUGCAAGGGGUUUGCCCAAGCGGUGUUUUGGGAGUACACAUAAAGUAACGUUGGAAAUCUUGAUUGGAAAUCUGAAUCAUCUUGACCAUUCCCUGUUCUCAUUACUAAGAACUAGAUCGUGCAGAAAAUAACACACCUGAGCGCCAUGUAUGUGCGAAAAAAAAACCCCCAUUAAUAACACCAUUCACUUCAGCUAAACACUGCCAAAAGAAAUAUCAGUCAA